AUGGCGUCGUUGUCAAGUUUAUUACCAGCUCCCGUGCAGCAAGUAUGGGAUCGAGAUGACGAACGUAAAGGACAGCGCGUUGGGAGCGCCCUUGUUGUAUCACAGACGAGUGUGCCACCUUAUGGCCAAAGGAAAGGGUGGGUUCCUCGAUCAGAAGAAGAUUUUGGAGAUGGAGGUGCCUUUCCUGAAAUCCAUGUGGCUCAAUACCCUUUGGGUAUGGGUGCACGCGGGAAAGAGAGCACUUCUAACGCAUUGGCUGUGCAACUGGACGAGUCUGGUCGAGUGAAAUACUCUGCCAUUGCUCGGCAGGGACACAGCGCUGACAAGAUAAUAUAUUCAAAAUUAACAGAUCUGCUUCCGGCAGAGGUUUUAGCUGAAGAUGACCCAAGCCUCAACAAACCCACUGAAGAAGACAUACAAGAAAUCACAGAAAAGACGAAGCUGGCACUUGAAAAGUUGACAAAUGCAAAAAUAUCAGCUGCUAUGCCAGUCAAAGCGGCACCAAAGGCUGCACCUGCCCAGUACAUCAGAUACACACCCGCUCAACAAGGUGGCACCUUCAACUCUGGUGCUAAACAGAGGGUCAUCAGGAUGGUCGAGGCGCAGACGGACCCGAUGGAGCCGCCCCGCUUCCAGAUCAACAAGAAGAUUCCCAGGGCGGCGCCCUCGCCCCCCGCGCCGGUGCUCCACUCGCCCCCGCGCCGCGUCUCCGUCAAGCAGCAGCGCGACUGGAAGGUCCCACCCUGUGUCUCCCAUUGGAAGAACGCCAAAGGUUACACGAUCCCGUUGGACAAGCGCCUGGCGGCUGACGGGCGGGGUCUGCAGCAGGUGCACAUAAACGAGAACUUCUCCAAGCUGGCCGAGGCACUGUACAUAGCGGACAGGAAGGCGAGGGAGGCGGUGGAAGCCAGGGCGCAGCUGGAGAGGAGACUGGCGCAGAGGGAGAAGGAGAAGAAGGAGGAGCAUCUGAGGAUGCUGGCGCAGAGGGCGAGGGAUCACAGAGCGGGAAUCAGGCCGGCGGACGAGGAAAGCGAGGCUGCGGAACCCGAAGAGGGCCUGAGCGACAUGGAGAAGGCGGAACGGGACAGGCUCAGGGCGGAGAGGCACAAGGAGAGGCAGCGGGAGAGGAACCUCGCGAGGGCCGCGCCCGACAAGAGGUCUAAGCUGGCGAAAGAGAGGGAGCGCGAUAUAUCCGAGCAGAUCGCCCUUGGCAUGCCGGCCAAGAGCAACCAGGCGGGCGAGGGCAUGUUCGACCAGCGGCUGUUCAACAACUCCAAGGGAAUGGACAGCGGAUAUGGUGAUGAUGAAGCGUACAACGUAUACGACAAGCCGUGGCGGAACCAGGACACCGUGGGGGCCCACAUCUACCGGCCCACUAGGAACGCCGACAAGGAUAACUAUGGCGGAGAUCUGGACGCGAUAGCGAACACCAGAAGAUUCGUCGCCGACAAGGAGUUCGCCGGCACCAGCAGCGGCAACACCCGCGCUGGACCAGUGCAGUUCGAGAAGGACGCUCCGCCCACACGAGACGAACCCUCCACGCAGAGCUCUAGGGGCCAGCCCGACGCCGACUUCGACCCCUUCGGGCUGGAUCGGUUCCUGAGCGAGGCCAAGAGGGCGGACAAGUCCACCCGCAAACGGGACCACCACGACCGGCACGAUGCGCACGGCAAGAAGCGCCGCGAC